AUGGAAAGCGGCCGGCUACGGGUCUGUCCACCCUCUGGGCCGACCCGCUUCUCCGACGGCGCAUGCGCGGAGGGCGGCCACGGCGGCCAGGGCGGCCAGGGCGGCAUGCGAGCGGCUCAGCGCCCAUGCUCAGCGGGGCCAUCGUACGGUCGGUCUCGUGCCGCUCCCGCUGCUGCUCCCAAUGCCCCAAUCAGACCCGGCCCCAGUGGCCCCAGCGCGCCCUCUGCUCGGCGACGGCACCGAGCCUUUUCAGAGGCUACCGCGGGCGCUGGCGGGGCCACGGCCCUCUGCUCGGAAAGGAGCCCUCCCUCGCCGUCACCCUCACUGAGCGCGCUGAUGCUGGCAGUCUUGCGGCUCUACGAGCACCGCACCAACAUCGACAUGUGGUCGUUCUUGCUUGAGCCUCUGCGAAACCUCGUCCCGUGUGAAGAGGUGAAGAUUGUUGUGCGCUGUAUCGCUCCCCCCCAAGUCUCUUCUUUGGGUGCACAUGACCGCGAGGCGCGAAGGCGGGUCAUCGCCGUGACGACCGUCGAUCGCUGGCCGCCAGAGCGCAUCGAAGGCCACGCCGCCCUGACGCAGCGCAUCCAGGCAGUGCCAGGACCUUCCUUUUGUCGUUCCGUCCUUCCGUAUGCCAGGUCGUGCAGUCCCACUGUGACUCGCCGAGCGCGGGCCGCGCCACCUGCCGUGCCUGCAAUGCCUGGAGCUGAGCAUUGA